AUGAAGCAUACAAAUUCUUCCCAACAAAAAGAAAAUAAAAACCAGGAAACAAGUAAUGCCACUAAAGAACAAACUAACGGCAACGCCACACAAUCUUGUAUUGAAACCAUCAGUGAGCAAGCGGACAAUCCGCUCAUGGAUACUACCAAUCAGGAAGAAUCUACUAUUAAUCUUGAAAAUCCAUCGACUGAAUCUAAUAAUAAAAAUCAGGAAAACAAAUCUAGUAAACUACCUCCCAUCAUACUUAAAGAGAAUAAAUACUCUUACAGUAAAAUUAGGAAUAUUUUUAACCAGAAAAACUUCAAAUUUAUCGGCAAUAGUAUUCCUGAUGGAAUUAAAAUUACCACCACAGACCCUGACACCUAUAGGGCAAUGGUCAAAAUACUUAAAGAUCUGGGGGUGGAACAUCACUCCUACAUUCUCCCCCAAGAUAGAAAACUUAAAAUAGUUAUCAAAGGACUCCUCAGGAGUACUGAAACUGAAGAAAUUAAAGAAGAACUUGAGGAACUUAAUUUCCAACCCGAGGAAAUUAAACAAAUGACUAAAAGAAGAAAUGGUGAAGUAUCUAAACUUCCCUUAUUUUUAGUAACAUUACCCAAAAAUGAAGCCUCUAAGGAAAAUAUACCAAACAAAAUACCUAUGUGGAUUAAGAAUUAA